AUGGAAAGGUAUAAAUUCAAAGAGUGCAGGCAGCAACAAGGGGAGGAUGUUAAGACUUACCUGGCGAAUCUCAAAAAACUGUCCAAGGAGUGUAAUUUCGGUGCAGGGUUAGAAGAUUACCUGCGCGAUCAGUUUGUCUGGGGUAUUGCGAGUGAGGCAAUUCAGAAGAGGCUACUGGGAGAAAAAGAUCUCUCAUAUCAAAAGGCAUAUGACAUCGCACAGUCCAUGGAGGCAGCAGGCCGUGACGCUGCACGAAUGCAGACGAAAACGGGAGCGGAUGCACUAAACUACAUUAAGGAUAAAAGGCGAGCGACCCAAGGGCAGAAGAAGGGACCAAGCGAGCAAGAGAAAUGUUUUUGCUGCGGAAGGGCUAACCAUCGCAGGUCGGAAUGUCGCUACAAGGACUAUAGAUGCAAACAAUGCGGUAAGGUGGGACACCUUCAGGCGAUGUGCAAAAACAAGGACAAGGAUACCCCCAUUCCCGGAAAUCAAGGUAGGCAGCGUGUUAAAAAAGCAAGUGACGAGCGGCAAGAUUUCGUAGAAGAAGAAGAAGACGGUGAAAUAGGUUCGUUAAGUGAAGUGUGGGACUCAGUUUUUUGCAUGCAUGAGGGGUACGCGUCUGUAAAUAAAAGUAGUGAGCCGUUGUAUGUGAGUGUGAGUGUUGAGGGCAAGCCGUUACGUUUCGAAAUGGACACCGGCUCCCCUAUUUCUGCGAUUUCCGAGAAAAUUUAUAACGAGCAUGUUUUCUUGCGUGAACUGUCGAUGGGUAGUACAAAACGUAUUUUCAAAACAUACCACGAGCAAAGGCUGAUUCCUAUAGGUAUACUUAAUGUAAACGUUAAACGUUUUGAUAAAGCGGUGGAUCUCGAACUUUUUGUUAUGCCAGGUGGCGCGAAAACACCUAUAAUGGGCCGCGAAUGGCUACGUGCGUUAGGAAUAAUAGGAAUUCAAGAUCCUUUUGAUCUCAAUAACAUUGAUAUUAAUUCUGUAAGGGAAAGCAAGGAAUCGAUUAAUACGAUUAUUCAUAGGUUUAGUGAUGUUUUUUCAAAUGAGAUGGGCUUAUACAAGGGUGGAAAGUUUACAUUGCACGUCAAGCCGGAUACCAUUCCUAUAUUCUGUAAAGUGCGGUCUGUGCCUUUUGCGCUGCGUAGUAGGUUAGAAGACAAGAUUCAAAGGUUAGAGAAGGCUAAGAUUAUUGAACCGAUUAAGAGUAGUGAUUGGGCCACCCCGGUAGUUCCAGUACUUAAAUCUAGUGGACAAAUCCGUUUGUGCGGGGACUACAAAAUUUCCUUGAAUCCAAAUUUGAUUGUAGAUAAAUAUCCGAUUCCUCGAGUUGCCGAUAUGUUGUCUAGUUUGGAGGGCGGGAAGUUUUUUUCGAAGCUCGAUUUGGCACAUGCAUAUCAGCAAAUCGAGCUCGAUGAAAAGUCAAAAAAUUUGACCACAGUCACUACACACAAAGGCCUUUAUAGAUAUAACAGACUUCCUUACGGUAUAGCUUCGGCUCCCGGACUUUUUCAGAGAGAAAUGGAAAAGGUUUUAAAUGGAAUGCACGGUGUCUCUGUUUAUUUUGAUGAUGUCUUUAUAUCCGGCAAGACGCAAGAGCAGCACGACAAAAGAUUGCUCGAAGUUUUAAGUCGAUUUCAAAAAACGAAUUUGAAGGUUAAAAUAGGAAAGUGUGAGUUUUCACAAAAUAAAAUCCAAUUCUUAGGUUAUGAACUAACGGAACAAGGCUUAAGUGUUGCAAAAAAUAAGAUUGACGCAAUCCUAAAAAUGAAAACUCCAUCACAUAUUAAAGAAUUGCGGUCUUUUAUCGGUGCUCUUACGUAUAAUGCUAGGUUUAUUAAGAAUUUUGCCAUGUUAAUGAGCCCGUUGUAUAGACUAUUGAAGAAGGAUGUGGAGUGGCACUGGACCCCGGAACACGAUAGGGCUUUUGAAGAGGCCAAAAAUAGAUGA